AUGUCUCCUGGUUCUCUAGAUCACUUGCUACUCUCCUCUCGUUACUACCGAAUCACUAUAUCUAUGGCUCUCCGACUUUUUCUUCUAUGGACGCUCACCAUUACCGUCACUUGGGCAGUUCCGAACCCCCAAGGAUGGAAUGUGCCCACACCGUCUGCCGAUGGCCUUGCUGAAUGGAAAGCGUCGAGGGAAACUGCAAUCUCUAGUGUACACAAAACGCCAUCCGAUCUGCUUGCUGGCAAGCGCUCAGUCGCUACCACCAGUAGCCAGAGUUCUCUCGUUCUGGCACCAAUAAUCCCGCAUGCAUCGCCUAUAUUUCAAUCCGCUAGUGCUCAUGCAACAACCCAGAGUACCUCCACUAUCGCGGGGAUCCUAUCAUUAGUUCCWCUACCAUUACCACCAGCAACAUCCACCAAGUCCGUCCCUGCACCGUUAGUGAUUCCUAGUAAACCCGCGACUACGUCGGCAAUACCUCCUCCUCCGGUAAGGCCACCACAACAGGCUUUUCCGCCACCGGUCAAGCCUCCAAUACCAGCGUUUCCUCCCAUUCCGAAUAUUCCCCAUGUCGAACCACUUCCAACAGCAAAGCCUCCCAAGCCAUUCCCGCCGCCAGAUACAAAGCCUACGGGGACCAAGCCGAGCAGUAGCCAAGGCACGACGCAAUCUUCGUGUGAAACUACCAUGACUCCUACGGUGACCGUGUCAAUUUCAUAUCCGCUAGACUCAUACGGUGUCUUUCAUACAACAACGACAACUAUCAGACCAAAGGAAGCGGAAGCUAGCUGCAAGGCACAGGCGACUACAACAACCACAACAGCCAAGUUCCAGGCUCCCAGUGUUACUUUCUAUAGUGGUUCCAUGCCGGACGGUCCAAGGCCGACCGUAUACCCGGAGGUUGAUAAAAGAGUCCAGGAGUAUAUUGGCAAGCUAUUCAAAAGUCUAGACAUCCAGGAUACAGAGACGGCUACCUCCACAAGCUCCGCGCCUCAUGCCACUGCAACUUGUGAUGGUAAGACAUAUGUUGAAGCCAUACCCAACGCUGCAGCAUUUAUUCAGGGACUCAUACCGAAAUUCUGUUCCGAGUGGAGUGCAAAGCCUGGCGACACGAUGUCGAAGGUCUACACAGCCAAAGAUGUCAAGGGCAGAUUCYGGCGACAGUCAACGUUGAUAGGACGGACACCACCUCCCGCUCCAUUGACUCAAAGCUCUUACCCUGGCUGGAGCAUCGACUUUGAAUGGAGAGCUGAUCACGCAACCGGAGACUGUCUCAAACAAGAGUACUGUGCCAAUGCGUUGACGACGCUCUUAUCUCAGUGUAAAGGGUACUCGCUUGCCGAUGCAUACACGGGUGGACAGACUCAAGACGAAUGCGGAACAUUCAGAUAUACGAUCAAAGGCUAUCCAGCCAUCAAGUCUGCUGACACUACAUGCGAUCUCCCCACGAUCAACGAUCCUGGCUCAAAAAACACACCUCAUGAAUACUCACAGAAAGCAUUCGAAGCAGCCGCCACGAUGUUCUGUCAGUACCGCAAGUCCGAGCUACUUGCAAACCCACAAGGCUCUCCAGUUUCAGCAUUCUAUUGGGAGAACACUGCUGCGAUCGACCCACGAACAAACCUGCCAGCAAUUUGCUAUCCAGAUGGAGACUCGAGUUACAGUUACUCUAUCGGGAACAGCUGGGAUCUUUGCAAAGCCCAUCCUAUGUUGAUGCCCGGCAGGUAUGAUUCGGAUAGUAACAUAGGACUUUCAAUAAUCCCGAGUCCUUCCCAGGAAGGAUGUUCGCCCUUGGGGAUACACAAGAUACCCAGAGGAGACGAUUGCUACAAGAAUUUCAUGCAAGUUGUCUCUUCUUGUAUGCCAGGUGACGGAGGCGGAAAAAUUGGAGUAUGGAAAGAKAGUAGCGAGGAUGGAUGUUGGGACUGGUGGAUGUGGGGACGAGAAUUGUACCAGUAG